CUUUCUUUCUAAAAAAUUCAAGAUGUCGAAUAUCAAGAGGAAGAAGACCAGAAAGCUUCGCGGUCAUGUAAGUCAUGGUCACGGUCGUAUUGGCAAACACCGUAAGCACCCUGGUGGUCGCGGUAACGCUGGUGGUAUGCAUCACCACCGUAUCAACUUUGACAAAUACCAUCCCGGUUAUUUCGGCAAAGUCGGUAUGAGAAACUUCCACUUGCGUCGUCAACACAAAUUCUGCCCCACCAUGAAUUUGGACAAAUUGUGGUCUUUAGUCGGUGUCGACAAGGUCGCUGAAUUGGAAAAGGAAAAGAACCCCAAGGCUCCAGUUAUCGAUUUGGUUAAAUUCGGUUACUACAAAUUGUUGGGCCGUGGUCACUUCCCCAACUUGCCCGUCAUUGUUAAGGCCAAAUACUUCUCAAAGAAGGCUGAAAACAAAAUCAAGAAGGCCGGUGGUGCCUGCUUGUUGGUCGCUUAAGUUAAGGAUUCCUUUAUCAACCUCUGAUACGUUCGCUGUGUGAAUACAUUCGACCAUCUAAAAUGUAUUUGUUUUUUUAAUAAAAAAACCAUCUUAUAAAAAAACAAAAAUAAAAUUAAGUUUUAUUAAAAUUAA